CUAUUUUCACGAACAGAUUCAGAGUUUCCCGUAAGCUGGGUCAAUGAGCACACCUGUUAUCGGAGAACAGUGCACUCACUACCUUAGCAUAGCGCCCAUUAUCCUACCAUCUUACCAGUUUGUAGACCUUGACUCACCUAGGUGAGCUUCAACUGUGUAAGUCUGGGGUGGGGUAAACCAAGGCUCACGAAAGACUCACUCACCAUCAGAUGAACUCGUAGCAUUAGAGAUCUUAUUGAAACUAAAUCAAAUUGAAUUAUUCAAAAUGGAGAACCCACUGAACCAAGAGUUCAUACAUCCCCUCAAACUCUUCGAGGUUGCCAAAAAUGAGAAACGUCUAUUAUACACCUCCGCCCCCAUGCUCGCCUUCCGCCAAACAGUCCACCACUACGGCACCGACCUCUGCUGGACGCCCAUGAUCCUCGCCAAAGAAUUCAACCGCAACAAAUUCGCCCGCGACAGCGACUUCACCAUCUCCACCGCCGGCCCCCAACCACCAACCAUCGUCCAAUUCGGCGCCAACGUCCCCCAAGAACUCGCCCGAGCCUCCUCCCUCGUCGUCCCAUUCGCCUCAGGAGUAGACCUCAACUGCGGCUGUCCCCAGUCAUGGGCCUGCUCCUCCACCCUCGGCGCCGCCCUCAUGGAAAAGCGAGAACUAGUCCGCGACAUGGUCCUCGAAACUCGAUCCCAACUCCACCAAGACGGCUGGGAUGUCUCAGGGUUAGAAAAGGAUAUCAACAGUCCCAAAGGCAGGAGCGUCAGCAUCAAGAUACGAGUCCACAAAGAUCUCCGAAAAACCAUCGACUUCAUAACCACCCUCCUCGCCCCAUGCUCCCUAACCACCACCCGACCAAUCGACUUCCUCACCAUCCACCCCCGAACCCGCCAAACCCCCUCCUCCACCCCUAUCAAUGUCGAGUCCCUCUCCAUCCUAACCUCCACCUUCGGAACUCAAGUCCCCAUCCUCCUCUCAGGCGACGUCUUCACCCUCGACUCCCUCCCAUUCACCUCCCCCUUCCACAACACCCUUUCCUCCUCUUCUUCCCCACCAGAGCAUAACAUCCCCCACCUCUCCGGCCUAAUGUCCGCCCGCGCCCUCCUCGCAAACCCAGCCCUCUUCUCCGGCAGAAACUCCUGCCCCUGGGAGGCAGUCGAAUACUUCCUCAACAAAACAAUCAAAGCGCCCAUGCCCUUCAAGCUCGUCCUGCACCACAUCAACGAGAUGUGCUCCCCAGGCAUGGGCCCAAGCCAAAAAGACAAGGUCGCCUUGCUGAACAAGCAGGAGAGGGCAGAGUUGAUGAAGGUCGGGGACAUGGUUGAGCUGAUUGACUUUCUCGAGGAGAAGAAGCCCGGUGGGAUAGGGAGGAUGUGAAUAUAUAUUCAACAUAAAAAAAAAAAUGAAACGGGUACAAAAGUUUAAACACUAUUUAUUGAAACUUUUGUCA